AUGUCAACUAGCAAAGCAUGUUUUCCAUGCCGGCAAGUCAUCGAUUAUACGAAGUCCGAACCAAAGGAUGCCAUCCCACACGGCUCAGUUGAUUUCCUGUUCGAUACCGUUGGCCUUGCCAUGGAAUAUCUAUGCCUGAUGCGGCCGAAGACCAGUCGGAUUAUCUCGAUCUCAACCUUGCCGUCGGGAAAUUUGCUACAGGAUUCGUCAGUCAUGAGACUUCCCCAUCGCCCGACUCUACCCUUCGUCUACAAACAAGCUUUGAAUCUGCUUGAUGGCGUCCGUAAGCUGCGUGCACGACGAUACGGCGUGGAGUACUCAUAUAUGUUCCUGGAGCCCAGUGGGAAAGACCUGGAUCUCUUACGCGAAUAUGUCGAAAAGGGCAAGUUGAAACCUGUGGUUGGAACCACGGCUAAUAUGUGGGAUAUCGAAGACGUGCGAAAAGCUUGUCAGGUUGUGUACAGCAAUCGCGGUGGUCUGGGGAAGGUGGUUAUCCAGGUUGUCAAGCCCGAGAAUGCGCAAUAG